ACGUGUACAUGACCAGUUAAUAUGAACAGUAGUCCUAGUGUGCGGUGGGCCUUCGUGUUUUCACUCCAAAAGUUUCACUCCUUCCCAGUUGGAGGUUUAUAAAAUGUUGAUCCGAUCGCUGAACGGCAUGUGGAUCCAUGUGUUGACAACAGUGCUGCUUGCGAGUCAUAUUACAGUAACAAAUGCCCUACUGAAGCGGUGCUACCAGUGUCGCUCCAGGAGUGAGUUGGGUAGCUGCAAAGAUCCCUUCCUGUUUAAUGCGACGGAGGUAGAGAACGAACGUGGGCUUACAGCCGUUCCGUGUGCGUCUGGUUGGUGUGGCAAGGUGAUCGAAGGAAUGGGUUCUUUCCGGGAGGACGACUACGACAUGGCCACACAGCGAAUGUGUGUACAGCGUGGACCCUCGGACUCGGAAGACCGGUGUGCCUACACCGUGUACAACCACAAAAAGGUCUACAUGUGCUUCUGCCAAGGAGAUUUGUGCAAUAACGCCAACGGUUUACUUCGAGCUAGCAGGAGUGUUUUUACUUCCUUGGCAGGAGGUUCACUAACACUGUUGUUAGCAGUUUAUGCAGUCGCUUAAGUUGUUUGAUGAUACCAGCAGGAGUCCAAGGAAGUGCUAUUCUAUUUUUCUCUUGACACAAGGGAUAGCCAACUGAGAUAUUCCAAUGCAGCACGACUUGCUCGCCCGCUCGCAUAGUUGACUGGCUUCACUAGUUUCUGUAGAGCUGUCAGCUGAUUCCGUCCAACCGUAGUAAUUCAUUCGUUACGCUCGCAAUCAUUCCCAUUCCUGAUCUAGACACUGUUUGACGAAGAUUAUAUUUAUUAACUUAGCUGAAAGAACGAAGGAUAUGCUUGAAUAUUGUUUUAUACAAAUAAAAUUCCGAAUUUUCUAUCAACACACA